CCAAGUAAUACCAACAUGCCAUGACGAUGAAUUAGCAUCUUUCUUUUUUUUUCUUGUUGGUUCUUGGUUUGCGCAUCGCCGAGGUUUCCGGAUAAACAACUGCUACAUACGCGGAAGCCAACGCUCUCCCUAACAUUCUUUUUGCCUCCUGCAACUUUCAUCAAUCUUCACCUCGUUAAACUUACCUUACCCUUACCCUUACAUACUGAGAUACUUUGUGGCUUUCCUGUUUACACAAGCCCGAAAAUGCAAUAUGUCUUCUAAAUAUAAGGAUAAAGACUUCGGGACAGUCAUCGCCCUGAAUGCGAAAUGGGUGUCGUGGGCCCAUACUGCUAUUGCGUCUGCUGCUUUCCUCAGCGCUCUCGCUGUGGGCAUGUACCUCCAUCUUCACAAGAUCGUCCAGAACGAAUUCUACGGUUAUCCCGAUGAGUGGUUCCCAUCUGUCUCCGCUACGAUAGGCGAUCGAUACCCCGAACGAUCCUUCUUUCAGGUCUUCAUAGCCUUGACUUCGGGCCCCAGAUUCGCAUUAGUUGCCUUAUGGUACCUCUUAACGGCAAAAUCUGGAAAUGCACUAGCCAAAUUUGUCGCCGGCGUUGGCAUCUUUAGGACUCUUACGUGUGCUGGCUGGACAUACGUAACUUCGACUGACGAUCAUGAUUGGCACGAUAUCUUUAUGAUUUCUUACAUGGUAGCCACCGUCCCUUGGACGAUUGGCUGCAUUGCCUUAAGCCCGCCAAAUCUGAGAGCAAUUAAGUAUCGAAAAUAUCUCUGUACUGCAUUUUUUGGCAGCAUUCCGUUUAUGAUAUAUUUCUACAUUCAGCACAAGAUUCACCGUGUAGCAGGAGCUUAUACGACGUAUGCAUUCAUCGAAUGGUCCUUAAUUGUAUACGAUGUUGCUUUCGAUGCAGUUACUGCCCUCGACUUCGAUACUUUUGAGAUCGUCGUGAGAGAUGUAAAGGAUUCGAGCAAGGGAAUUCAUGUAUCCUCCAAACCGAACACCGAUUCUACAAGAGAGAAAGGAAAGAUCAUAAACAGCAUCUUUAACGUCAAGUUCUCGUGGUCUGAGACGUUUGAUACGGCUGCUGAAGUCUACCAUGGCUUUGUUUUUUGGUCUAUGCUCACAAGCUUAGGUGUGGUGGUUUGGUACUUCCCACUCUGGCAUAUGGGAAUUUCAGGCUAUGAAGUAUUAGUCAUGUCAACCAUUUCGCCUUUUCUUCUGGGAAUCAAACCACUUCGUUUGUUAGUAACCCAAAAUUUGCGCGCGUGCCACUUUCUGUCACUCGGUGGGCUCCUUGCGUGGAAAGUCAAAGACCCUGCUUACCGGCUUUUUACUGUGGGUUUUGGUGUUGCCAUGUCGUGUCUAUCAUGGGCUGCUACGCUAUACUCCGAGUCGGUUUCUGAGACUCGACUUGAGUCCAAAGUCCUAGCUUGGAUUGCCGGACUCAUUGCGUCCUCCGCUGUCAAGUUUGCAUGGCAGACCAAUAACCCGAUAUGGCCAAUCAUGCACGCCGAAAACGGUGGCUAUAACUACACAGGCCUGGUAUUAGCUCUUCUUGCAAUGUUAAGAUUUACUCGGAAGGGACCAUUGAACACUGGAAUUGUUACCAAUGAAAAACAGGAUGGAUCAUCAUUCCUAGCUGCUCUUGGAGUUGCCGGCCUCUUUUUCGGUCUGCAUUCUCUACUCUCUGACACGAGCACCAUGAUUUCAUGGGCGUGGGAUGGGUAUCCUGUCAGAGGCCCUCUUGCUGUUCCCCACGGUUGGUUCACGUUGGCUGCGAUGACUAUCGGCUUGCUGACCGGAGUCCGUCUACCGAACCUUGUCAGUACGUGGUCGAUCUACGGCGUUGGAUGCUUAGGAGCGGCUAUCCUCACUCUUUACCCUCACUGGUUUGGUUACUCUGGUGCUCUUAUAAUAGCCUUCUAUCUCACAGCGAUUUCUUACCCCAUACUUAGUGCAGCGGCUAAGAAGAGGCCAGCAACGACAUUUGGUCUUGGAUUCCUCAUAUACAACUUUAUGGUCUUAUUCCAUGUAUGGGUAGUUGCCUAUGCCUUCGUCCCUGGCGGGCCACUUGUUCGUGAGCAUACAGAUUGGGUCAUGGUUACAAUGAUGCUACUCGUUGGUGCUGGUGUGUUUAACCUAACGUCAUUGAACUCGCGUCAAUAUGACGCUCGUGGAGGGCUAUUCUGGUCGCAACAUCGCAAGUAUCAUACUUUGGCACUCGGUAUCGUCAAUAUCCUCUUCAUUGCUUCUGCACUUAGGCGCUUCCCGGUAUAUGAUCAUAAACCGUACCACGAAGAUUCGAGGCUCAUCACUGCCGGUAUUUGGACCAUCCACUUCUCCUUCGACAACGAUAUGUGGUCCUCAGAAAAUCGCAUAAGUAAUUUGAUUAAAGAGCUAGAAAUCGAUGUCAUAGGUUUACUAGAAUCCGAUCUACAACGGAUCAUCAUGGGAAACAGGGAUACCACCCAGUUCUUCGCAGAAGACUUGGGCAUGUAUGUUGAUUAUGGCCCUGGUCCAAACAAGCAUACCUGGGGUGCCGCGCUCUUGUCGAAGUUUCCGAUUGUGAAUUCAACGCAUCACUUGCUUCCGUCACCAGUUGGUGAACUCGCCCCCGCUAUUCACGCGACCCUCGAUGCGUAUGGCGAAUUGGUAGAUGUUUUCGUUUUUCAUUCGGGACAAGAAGAGGAUGUUGAAGACCGUCGUCUCCAGGCUGCGUAUCUCUCCAAGUUGAUGGGAUCCUCCCCAAGGCCCUCCAUAUUACUUUCCUACCUGGUUACCAAACCCCUAAAAGGCAACUAUAACACUUACGUUUCUGAGACCUCGGGGAUGCACGAUGUGGAUCCAAAAGACUGGGAUCGAUGGUGCGAAUAUAUCCUAUAUAAACACAUCCAGAGAGUAGGCUAUGCAAGGAUAUCUCGGAGCACCAUUACCGACACUGAAUUGCAAGUCGCGAAAUUCGUGGUACCAACGACCGAGACUGAGAAGGCGCAAGUCGCAGCAUUGGACAGCGACUCACCGUCAAGAAAUCGCAGAGUAAGUGAAAAGGAAGUUCCUGAGGGCUGGAGAUUCCCGGCCCGGUUCCGUGGUGUGGGCGUUAGGGGCCACCGAUAUCACGUUUUUAAUGAACCCUGGUAUUAUAAACCGUCAUGAACAGGCGGCCACGGCGCAUAGGAAAUGGGGGGACGGGGGGCUAUAAAGUGAUCAUGAAAUUAAGGAGUUACGAAAUCAGGAAACCCGACGCGCAAAUGCCUUUUAAAAGUGUACGAUAGAUAGAUCGUAUGUACCAAGAACAAGUGUCCUUGCUAUAUCCGACCUGGAUUUUCAAUUCUGCAUACCUACUCAAGUAGUGUAGCGUAAUAAUUAUUUGAGCCGAGCAAAAAGUACGAACAUAAUUGGCGAGCUGAUUCAUUUCAUUAUUCCUCGA